AUGCCCCAGCUCCUUUCUCCCCCACAGGCUGGCAAUCACCCUUACUUCAACCUGCCCGACUUCACCCAGCCAUCGCCGCCCUCCACUCCGGCCAGUCUCCCCCCGCACCAGCGCUGCCGGCCCUCUGAUGCCACCAAGGGCCUGCUCGUGGCCCUGCUGGGUGGGGGCCUGCCUGCUGGCUUUGUGGGCCCCUUCUCCCGCAUGGCUUACCAGGCCUCCCGCUUACCCUCGCUGGAGCUGCUCAUCUGUCGCUGUCUCUUUCACCUCCCCAUUGCCCUGCUACUGAAAGUGCGUGGUGACCCCCUGUUGGGACCUCCCGAUGUCCGGGGCCGGGCCUGCCUCCAUGCCCUGCUCAACGUCCUCAGCAUUGGGUGCGCCUACAGCGCGGUUCAGGUGGUGCCUGCUGGUAACGCAGCCACGGUCCGCAAGGGCUCGUCCACCGUCUGCUCCGCCCUCCUCGCCCUCUGCCUCGAGAGUCAGGGUCUCAGCGGCUACGACUGGUGUGGUCUGUUGGGCAGCACCCUGGGACUCAUCAUCAUUGUGGGACCUGGACUAGGGACGCUGCAGGAGGGGACCACGGGCCUCUACACCGCCCUGGGCUACGUGCUCGCAUUCCUGGGCGGCCUGGCACUGUCGCUGGGGCUCCUGGUCUAUCGUUCCCUGGACUUCCCCUCUUGCCUGCCAACAGUGGCCUUCCUGUUUGGCUUGGUGGGGCUGGUGGGCUCGGUGCCAGGCCUCUUCAUACUGCAGACCCCUGUGCUGCCCAGCGAUCCUCUGAGUUGGAGCUGUGUGGGGGCCGUGGGGAUCCUCGCCCUGGUCUCCUUUGUGUGCGUGAGCUAUGCAGUCACGAAAGCCCACCCUGCCCUGGUGUGCGCCGUCCUGCACUCCGAGGUGGUGGUGGCCUUGAUGCUGCAGUAUUACGUGCUCUAUGAGACCGUGGCGCCUUCUGACAUCAUGGGGGCAGGCGUGGUGUUGGGCAGCAUCGCCAUCAUCACCGCCCAGAACCUCAGCUGUGAGAGGGAGGGGCAGGUGGAGGAGUGA